AUGGCGGAGCCCGAGCGGACUCACUCUAAUCUUCUACCCGUCCAUCCCGGGUUCUCUCCCGGCACCUACGUCAUUCAGAUCCCCAAGGAUCAAAUCUAUCGCAUUCCACCUCCUGAAAACGCCUUCAUCGUCGAAUGUCAUCGUAACCCUUCUGUCUCCACUUCUAACCGUCGUCGCUCUUGUUGUUUUCGUAUCUUCGUCCCUAUCUUCAUCGUCCUUCUCUUCAUCCUCAUCCUAGCCCUCGUCCUCCCUCCUCUUCUCACCCCUCCCAAACCCCCAAUCUUCAAGCUCACCAAAUUUCGAUUCACCCCCUCCACUCGCAACUUCCAUAUAGACCUGAAUAUCCUCAACCCGAACCCUUCUGGCUUCAUCGAGUUCAAAUCUCCUUCACACGUUUCCCUCUUCUUCCGAAAACACAAAGUCGCUGUGGCUAAGUUCCCUCUUAUCCAACAAGAACAUGGCUCCCAACGACAUGUCGCGUUAGCCCUUCACACCAAAUCCUCCUCGUUCCCCAAGGAAUUGGAGAGACGAAUCAAAAACAACAAGUCGAAGCUCAAAACUUCCAUGUCUUUGAUGAUGGAUCUUCCCGCCCAUACGAAAGGUCGGCUCUCGACACGUCGGGAUGUCAAAUUUGUUGUCAUUUGUAGCUUUACGGUCAACACGUUCGGAAAACAUUCACAUAUACUAUCACAAGAUUGUCAAAUCGAACGCCAAUGA